AUGACUCCAAUACCUAUCCGCGCUUUGACGCCUUCCGACGCCGCUGACAGAUCGCAACCCCUCAGCGGCUCGCCGCCAGUGCUGCAGUUCGGCGAAUGGGGAGCCGACCGGUACUUGGGGAAGCGGAGCUGCGCCAAUCGCGGCCGUAGAAGCAGUGGCGGCGGGGAUGGCGGCGUGGGUGACGGCGGGGAUGACGGAGGCGACUUCCGCGAUUUCCGCGAUCGGGGUGGUCGACAAGGGAGAGAUGCGGAGGGGAAAAACAUCGAUGGGGGAGGCGGGGUGCUUGAGCGGCCCGCUCGAUGCGGCGAUUAUCGCGCGAAAUACGCGGAUAGAAGCGACGCGUUCGUGGUGAUCGACAACGGCUCGCACCGCUGUCGAAUAGGGUGGGGAGGGGAGGUGGAUCCGCGGGUGGACUUCAGGAGCGUCGUGGGGCGGCCGCGGCCUAGGAGCGGGGGCUCGCAGGUGACGGUGGUGGGCGACUGGGACCCCACGUGGCCCGCGCUGAGGGCGCUGGAGUUUGGGCGGCAGAGCGUCCGAUCGCCCUUUGAGUCCAACGUCAUCUAUAACUUCGAGCUCAUGGAAUGCAUAUUUGAUUACGCGUUUGAUCGAUUGGGGGUGGAAGCCUGCGGCAGGGUAAACCACCCUGUGCUAUUAACCGAGGCUCCCUGCGCGCCCCUGUAUACGCGUGGCAAGACAGCAGAGCUCAUGUUUGAAACCUACGGCGUCCCUGCCCUGGCGUUCGGAGUGGAUGGGGUGUUCAGCUAUCGCCACAACACCGCACAGCACCACUCUGUACCGGACGGUCUGCUUGUCAACUGCGGCCACUCCACCACCCAUGUCAUGCCCAUGAUCGCAGGGCAGCCUCUGCUGGACGCCACGUGUCGCAUUCCCGUUGGCGGAUGGCACGUCACUGACUACCUGAAGCGCCUUCUCACUCUGCUCUAUCCACAACACGCAUCUGUCAUAACGUGGGAGAGAGCCGAGGAGAUGAAGUGCCGGGGUGUGUAUGUGGCCAUUGACUACUCGCAGGAAUUGAAGGCAUUCCAGUCCCCAGACGUCCCGGUGGUUUCCUGGCAGCUUCCAUGGGUGGUGCCCGUGGCUCCCCAGGGGCCAUCGGAAGAGGAGGUGGCGAGGCGGGCGGCCAACAAGGAGCGCGCGGGGCAGCGCCUGCGAGACAUGGCGGCUGCCAAGCGGGCGGCGAAGCGGGCGGCGGAGUUGGAGGAGGUGGAGAGCGAGGUGGAGGGGUUGAGAGCGGUGAUCGAAGAUGUGGAGGACGGGGCGGAAGGGAGAGAGGCGAUUAUGCUGCUCUCCCGUGUGCGCUGUGCCACCCUCUCAGAAGCACGAGGCAAGCUCGCCAAGAGCUUGGCGACUCUCAGGAAACUGAGGGGGGAGGAGGGCGAGGGGGAGGGCGAGGAGGGUGAGGGUGAAGGGGAGGAGGGCGAGACGGGGUCGGUGGCUGGGGGGGCGGAGGAGCAGGAUGAGUCGGUGCUGUACCCUCUGCUUGAUAUCCCGGAUGCAGAUCUGACGGCUGAGGAGCUGAGGGAGAAGCGGCGGCAGCGGACGAUGCGAGGGAUUGCGCUGGGGCAGGCGAGGAUGCGUCAGGCAGCAGAGGAGAAGCGAGCUAAGGCGGCUGCUGAGAGGGAUGAAGAGGAGCGGAAGAGGAGGGAGAACCCCGAGGCAUAUGCAGCAGAGUUGAAGGCGCGGUUCCAGCAGCUGCAGACAGCACUGGAGCAGAGGAAGCGGAGGAAGUUGGGAGCAGGGGGCGUGGUUCUUGGUGCUGCGGCGUCGCCAUCAGUGGGAGGGGAAGAGUCUGGUGGGAAGGGCAUGGGAUCGGAAGGAGGUGCCAGUGGGGGAGAAGCGGUAGGAGGAGGUGGGACAGUGGGGGCAGCAACAGGGGCAGCAGGAGGAGCAGCAGGAGCAGCAGGAGCAACGGCAGCAGGCGCAGCAGGAGCAGGAGUAAGAUUAGCAGGAGGAGGGGUUUCAGGAGGAGGAUUAGCUGUCUCGCCUGUGCUCUCUCUUGCGGCAGCAGCAGCAGCAGCAGCGUCAGGCCAGGCUGUGAAAGGUGCGACUCUAGACAUCACCUCACUGGGGGGCCCUGCUGGUGCCCUUGCAGGGGGCACGGGCGUGGGGCUGGGAGGCGCCCUUGCUCGGAGUGUGGCUGGUGGGCGAACAGAGCGGAUUACUGCUGCGCACAGGGAGAGGAUGAAGCUUCUGACUGCUGCAGCUUUUGAGAGUAAGAAAGGGCGGCGAGGCGCGGGCGGAGGGAAGGGAGGAGGAGGGGGAGGGGGGGAAGGAGGGGGUGGAGGAGGGAGGAAAGGGGGAGGGGGAGCAGGGGAGGAGGAUGAUUUUGGGAUGAGGGACGAGGACUGGCUGGUGUAUAAGCGGAUGAGCGCUAAGGGCGUGGAGGAGGAAGAGGAGGAGGAGGCGGAGAGGGAGGCAGCAGAGCUGGAGAAGCUGAUAGCCAGGCUGCAGGAGGUGGACCCAACCUUCCUAGUCUCCAUCAAUGCCGCGCCUGCUUCAACCACAGCUCCAGGCACGGCUACCAGCGUUCCCGGACCUUCGGUUCGGCAGCCCACCGACGCAGACUAUCAGAUCCGGCUCGGCGUGGAGCGCGUCCGGGCAGCUGAAAUUAUUUUCGAGCCAUCUCUGAUUGGGCUGGACCGGGCAGGCUUGGGCGAAAGUUUGGGAGCAGCUGUGAGAAGAACGGCGGAGGAGCUAAGGAGCAAACUAGUCCCUUUGUACUCUAGAACCAAGUCGGCAAGUGGUGCUUUUGUGGUUGCCACUGCUGGUUUGGGCAUGGAAAACGUUCCGCCGAGCUUUCUCUUCCUGACCGGAGGAAGUUCGCUGCUGCCCGGAAUGAGGGGCAGGUUGGAGGCGGAGUAUCGUCAGGUGCUGCCAAUGGGGAGUGGGAUAAAGAUUGUGGAAGCACGGGAUGUGUUCUGGGACGCGUGGAGGGGAGCGGCAGCCAUGGCUGGGGAUGGGAGGAGAUUGCUUCGGCAGGCUGUGAGUCGGAAGGAGUAUGAGGAGCGUGGGCCGGAUGCGUUUCGACGGUAUAAGUUUGAGUAUUUCUGA